AUGACGAGGAUUCAAGAAUUAUCGGAGGAGUUGCAUUCACUUCAGCAACGAGUGGACUCGAACUUGGAGGAACUUCGCAUGCAAGCGACAGUUCAGGCUAAUGAAACCAGGAACCAGUUUUCCUUACUGGUUUUACAGAUGCAACAAUUGCAGGAAACGAUUAUGGCUAAUCAAACGCCUAAGCAUGGUAAUUCACACAGCAAUAAUUCUCUUGUUUCGCACAAUUACACCAAAUCAGAUUCCAUAGAUCAUCGUUCCUUACUCAAGGGGGUUCGCAUGGAGAUACCGAUUUUCAAUGGUACUGAUCCUAACAACUGGAUUUUUAAAGCAGAGUUGUUCUUUACUCUUCAGUUGAUUCCCGAGGAAACAAAGGUUGCUUUGGCUGGGUUGAAGAUGGAAGGCAUGGUUGCCUCUUGGUUUCAAUGGACUUUCAACAAUGGUAAGGCUCGUGCAUGGUCUUAUUUUGUUUCUGCUCUUCGCCAGCAUUUUGGCAUGUCUGGCUUUACAAAUUUAAAAGGAGCUUUAUCCAAAUUGACUCAAACAUCUUCCCUACGUGCAUAUAUUCAACAAUUUGAGGCAUUGGUUAAUCAAAUUCCUGAACUAGAUGAUGAUCUUUUAAUGAACUUUUUUGUUUCGGGUCUCCAAUCUGAAUUACGUAGUGCGGUCCAAUUAAAGGAACCUAUAUCCUUAGACCAAGCCAUUCAGCUGGCUAUGGCUUAUGAUGAUCAUUUUACUGAUCUCAAAACUUCGUUCCAAGGUGCACCUAAGAAAUUUUUUCAGAAACCUGUGUCUGGCUUAGAUAGCUCUUCUGUGUUGCCCAAUAAUUCCAUCCCUCAUUCUGGAAUUUCGAAUACACAGAGAUUGGCCUUACCAGCUCCUACCCCAAUGAAACGUGUGUUGAAUGCUGAUUUACACAAGAGGAGAGAAUUGGGCCUUUGCUAUACAUGUGAUGAGAAAUGGAAUUCUAAGCACAUUUGCAAGAAUAAAUUGAUGUUAUUGUUUGGUGAGGAUGAUGUUGUUGAUCAGGCAGUAGAGGAGGAACAAAUUGUUUGGCAAGUUGAUAACUCUGUUGGAGAAGCAAAGGAUGCUUCACUUCAUACCUUGAGGGAUACUACUCACUACCGUGCCUUGAUGUUUAGUUCAACAUUUGCAGGUAUGGAUUUCUCUAUUUUAGUUGACUCAGGGAGCACCCAUAAUUUCAUACAACAUCAGUUAGCUGUGAAACUAGCCUUGCCUAUAUCACAUUCUCACCGAAUUCGUGUGUUUCUGGGUAAUGGGGAUGUUAUGCAUUCUGAUAAAAAAUGUCUCAAGGUACCAUUACUGAUUCAAGGUCAUAAGUUUGUCUGUGAUCUGUGGGUUCUGGAUUUAUCUGAUAUAGACAUCAUUUUGGGUAUGCCAUGGCUGGAACGGCUGGGAAAGGUUACUCAUGAUUAUAUCAGUAAGUCAAUGGAGUUUUGGUGGGAAGAAAAUUCAAUUGUCUUGCAAGGUCAUAAUCCCACUGAUGUCUCUGCUAAAUUGAAUACAAUUCUGUCCCAAGAGUGGGCUGGCUGUCAUGCCUUACAAACAGAAUCAGAUUCUUCUAUACAGGUUACAAUACUACCUGAGUUACUCAAAAUGCAAUCUGAUCUCCAUCCCCUUCUUUGGCCUAUAUUUUUGAAAUUUCAGCAGGUAUUUGCACUUCCUAGUGGAUUGCCACCUUUUAGAGGAUUGGAUCAUUCCAUCCACUUAGAGCCAGGUACCAAACCUGUUAAUGUUAAACCAUACAGAUAUGGUCAUGGUCAAAAAUCUGAAAUUGAAAAACAGGUCUUUGAGCUUCUAGCUUCGGGUUUCAUCCAACAUUCUCAUAGUCCAUUCUCUUCACCAGUCUUGUUAGUGAGAAAACAAGACAACUCUUGGAGGCUUUGCAUUGAUUAUAGAGCUCUUAAUGCAGUCACCAUUAAAGAUCGAUUCCCUAUUCCUACUAUUGAUGAAUUGUUGGAUGAGCUAGGGGGUUCUACUAUUUUUUCUAAAUUGGAUUUAAGAGCGGGAUACCACCAAAUUAGGAUGUUGCCUGCUGACACUCAUAAGAUAGCAUUCAGGACACAUGAUGGUCAUUUUGAAUUCUUGGUCAUGCCAUUUGUCUUCAGUAAAACUAUUGAGGAGCAUGUUCAGCAUUUGGAACUAGCUCUCCUUACUUUACAGCAGUAUGCUUUUGUGGUUAAGUUGUCUAAAUGUGCUUUCGGACAGAGGUCUAUCGAAUAUUUGGGCCAUGUGGUCACUGAUAGUGGGGUUAUUGCUGAUCCUAGGAAGAUUUCAGCCAUGCUUCAAUGGCCUACUCCCAAAACUAUUAAGCAAUUGAGGGGCUUCUUGGGGCUAACUGGUUAUUACAGAAGAUUUGUGAAAGGUUAUGCUUCCUUAGCUCUUCCCUUAACAAAUCUAUUAAAAGGAUCAUCUGUUUUCCAAUGA